AUGAACCCAAACUUUCAAUCGGGAAAUCAAGGUGGGCAAGGUGGUUCUUCUUAUCAUAAUCGGCAAGGUGGUAACCAAGGGGGUUAUCAAAGGAACUACAAUCAAGGGGGUAGCCAAGGAUACCAAAACCGUGAAAACAACUACCAACGUGGCUACAACCAAGGUGGAAAUGGGGGUGGUGCUUCAAACUCUCAAACGGACGGUGAUGACUCGAUAAAUUCUAAUUUUGAUGCACUCAUGAAUGCUAUGAAUGCCCUCACUACUUCAAAUCAAGAGAUCAAAUUUGAAAUGAAGAAAGAGUUUGAAGUAAGAGACAAAUUGCAUGGAGCAUUGGCAAAGCAAGUGGGCCAACUCGCGUAG